AUGCACCGAGGCGCGCCAGGAGGCCUCAGAGGCCUCAAGGGGGCCGAGGGCUCCUCCGAGGACUUGGGGGGCUCUUGCCUGGAGGCCGGGAGCUUUGGGGUGCUGAGGGAGAACGGCGAGGCCGAGGAGGCGGCGGGCGGCCGGAAGCGCGCCCGGCCCGUGCGCUCCAAGGCGCGGCGCAUGGCGGCCAACGUGCGGGAGCGCAAGCGCAUCCUGGACUACAACGAGGCCUUCAACGCGCUCCGCCGGGCGCUGCGGCACGACCUGGGCGGCAAGAGGCUCUCCAAGAUCGCCACGCUGCGCAGGGCCAUCCACCGCAUCGCGGCGCUCUCCCUGGUCCUGCGCGCCAGCCCCGCGCCCCGCGGGCCCUGCGGGCACCUGGAGUGCCACGGCCAGGCCGCGCGCGCGGGGGGCAGCGGGGAUGCGGGCUCCAGCCCGCCGCCGCCCGCCCCGCCGCCCGCCGGCCCCUUCGCGCCGCGCUGCGCCUCGUGCUCCCCUCACACGCCCCCGGGACGGCCCCGGGCGGUGGCCGAGGCUCCGGGCGCGGCCCAGGCGUCCACGGGAAGCUGGCGCCGAGGUCCCGGGGCUCCCUUCGCCUGGCCGCGGGGGCACCUGCGUGCGGGCCCCGGGCUGGGCUUCCAGCACUGCUGA